AUGGCUCAAGCGCCUGAACUUACAGCGGCUAUAACAAGAAUUUCAGAAGUCUUGCAACAACUCACAGCAGGUCGUCAAAGUGGUCAAACAAAUACAGGUGACUGUCGGGGACUUCAACUCGCAGCUUUUGAUGAGGUUAAUGAAUCCUUCGAAUCCUACCUUCAAAGAGUAGAAAACUAUUUAGAGAUUCGCGAACUAAAAGAAGACACACCGGAGAACGAUAAAAAGCGUGUACAAAUUUUCCUGAACUGCUUAGGCCCCAAACUCUAUCACACCUUGACUUGUCUAACUGUACCAGAUGAGCCAAAGACAAAGAAAUAUAAAGACUUAGUUGAAAUGUUACAAAAUCAUGUGUGUCCAAAGCCUAGCGAAGUUGCUGAGCAGCAUAAGUUUACCUUACGCACGCAACAUGAGGGGGAAUCCAUUUCCAAUUUCCAAGCUGAUCUUAAAAAAAUUGCAUCGAAAUGUAAUUUUGUCUGUGAAAGCUGCAAGAAGUCAACAAUUUCUACACAUUUACGAUCGCAGUUCAUACGAGGCAUACGGAAUAAUGAGAUUCGAGAGAGAUUGUUGCAGCAAGAAUCGACAGUGACUUUUGACAUCAUUUGCAAAAAAGCAUUGGCUAUUGAGGCGUCCAAUUGGGACAAAUCUGGACCAAAAUAUGAGCGAGGUAAAAAGCCGUUCCGGAGUAAUAGAUCGAGAUCGGAAGCUGUAAAGAGAAUCGAGGGAAGAUGUUUUAAGUGUGGCAAAACAAACCACAAGGCAAAUUCAUGCAAUGAAAAGAACUUGAAGUGCAAAAACUGUGGCAAAUCUGGGCAUGUUCAAAUAGUUUGCUUAAAGCAGAGAGUUGUUGAACAAAAAUCUAUUGAGCUUGCUGAUGACGACACGAGCAAUGAAGAUUAUUUCAUCAACAGUUUUGGAAUAAAUUCAACGGACCAUGGUAAGAUACUAAAGAAAAUUUGGCUUGAUGGCAUUGAGUGUACGAUGGAAUUGGAUACCGGUGCUGCGGUUUCAACCAUCUCUUUGCAGAGUUUUAAUAAGUAUUGGCCAAACAAGAAAUUGGAAUCUACCAAUAUUAAGCUGAAGACCUAUACGGGUGAAAUUAUUAAUCCAGUGGGUAUUUGUAAAAUGAAAGUCACCCACAAUGAUAAGGAAGCUGUUGGAGAUUUGUACGUGUUGCCACAUAAUGUAGAGCCUAUUCUAGGCCGUGGAUGGAUACGCAGUCUUAAUAUACAGAUAAACUCCAUUCAAGAAGUUAAAGUGGCUGAUAUAUCCGAAGUUGAAUGCAAACAAAUAAUUAACGGGCUUCUUGAAGAAUAUGUUGAUAUAUUUACAGAGGAGAUUGGCAAAAUUCCAAACUACAAAUGCUCAAUAGAACUACACGAUAAAAAUACGAAGCCAAUAUAUAUGAAACCUAGACCUGUACCUUACGCUAUUCGUGAAAAAAUUGAGUUAGAAAUUGAAAGGUUAGAAAGAGCAAACAUAAUUUCGAAAAUUACAAACAGUCAAUGGGGUACUCCCAUAGUUCUAGUCAUCAAGAAGAAUGGAGAUUUACGGCUGUGCGCAGAUUACAAAUCAACUAUAAAUAAGGUUAUUAAAGAUGACAAGUACCCCAUACCUCGCAUUGAAGACAUAUUCGCUGAAGUUGGUGGUGGCAAAUAUUACUGCGUUCUGGAUUUACACCAAGCGUACCUUCACAUGCCUGUUGACGAUAUUACUGCUACUAUACAAGCACUCAGCACACAUAAGGGAUGUUAUAAGGUAAAUCGGCUAAUGUUUGGGGUGAAGAUUAGCCCAAACGCUUGGCAAAAAUUUAUGGACAUGAUUUUCGGAAAUAUAGCAAACGUUACCUGUUUUUUUGAUGAUAUUCUCAUACGAGGUCACACCCUUAGAGAAUUAACUACAAAUUUAAAAAUUGUUUUUAAAAUUUUGCGCAGCAAUGAUUUACAUGUCAACAGAAGCAAGUGUCAAUUCCUUUUAAAGUCGGUGUCAUAUCUAGGCCAUAUCAUUGAUGAAGAUGGAAUAAAACCUAUACCGGAUAAAAUUAAAGCCAUAGUAGAUUGCAAAGCACCGAAUGAUGUCUCUGAAUUACGCACGUUUUUAGGGCUUAUAAACUAUUAUCAAAAGUUUAUCCCUGAUUUAUCAUCCAAACUUUUUUCAUUGAAUGAACUUUUACAAAAAGAUAAACCAUUCAUUUGGAGUAAAAAGUGCCAAAAUGCGUUCAACAAGUUAAAAGAUGAAAUAACAAGUACAAAUGUUCUUAUGAAGUACAAUCGAGACUUACCACUAGUUUUAGCAACAGACGCAUCUCCUACAGGACUUGGUGCUGUAAUAUCACAUGUGCUUCCAAAUGGUCAAGAAAGGCCGAUAGCCUUUGCUUCAAGAUCACUAACAAAAUCCGAAAAAAAUUAUUCUCAACUGGACAAGGAAGCAACAGCGAUAUAUUGGGGCUUACAUAAGUUUUUCCAAUAUUGUUAUGGACGAAAAAUUACACUCAUUACAGACCACCAGCCACUUACCAGAAUUUUGCACCCAAAUAAAGACUUACCAGCUAUAUCAGCAUUACGUUUAUUGCAUUAUGCCAACUUCAUGUCCGGAUUCGACUAUGACAUAAAAUACCGAAAUACGAAACUUCAUGCCAACGCAGAUUUUCUUUCUCGUUUUCCCCUCGAAAAGCCUCAAAAUGACGAAAAUCUCGAUCGCAACUCAACAUUCCUGAUGAAUCACAUUUCAGUUCUGCCAGUUACAAGAGAUGAAAUCAAGAAAGAAACCUUAAAAGAUUCCGAAUGUGUUCGAUAUUACAAUGCUCUACAAUCAGGAAAUAUUUUGCCAAACGAAGGAAAUGCUGCAGAGUUUUCUUUACAGAAUGGAUGUGUUUUUAAGAACAUACGCAUUAUGAUUCCCACAUGCUUACAAAAAAGAAUUCUUGAAGAACUACACACAGCGCACACAGGAAUGGUGCGCAUGAAAUCUCUGACCAGGAGCUAUGUGUGGUGGAAGAACAUAGACAGAUUUAUUGAAAAUUUAUGCAAAAGUUGUGUAAAUUGCGCCAAAAUUAAGCUAAAUGUAAAAAAAGUUCCGAUCCAUCCAUGGGAGUACCCAAAGGCACCAUGGGAGCGUUUGCAUUUGGAUUAUGCUGGUCCAUUCAUGAAUAAAUCUUUUUUAAUUGUAGUUGAUGCUUAUACCAAGUGGGUCGAAGUAAUACCCCAGACUACUACAACUGCUUUUUCAACAAUAGAUGCCUUACGAGGAAUUUUUUCAAGGUUUGGACUUCCGUUAAAAAUUGUCACUGACAAUGGUCCUCAGUUCCGAGCAUUCGAAUUUACAAAUUUUUUGAAGAUGAACGGAAUUUUUCAACACUUUUCUGCUCCAUACCAUCCAGCGACAAAUGGGCAAGCCGAAAGAUUUGUUCACACGGUAAAACAAGGACUUCGUGCUAUGGAAAAUGAGCCCGGGAGUUUGCACGAAAAACUUUGUACGUUUUUAAUGCAGCAGAGAAAGUUACCAAACAGCACUACGGGCGUCAGUCCAUCUGAAUUGAUGUUUAACCGCCAAAUCAGAACGAAAAUAGAUCUUGUAAAAAGAGAAACAUUUAUAAAACCAGAAAACAACAACUCGUAUACCAAAAUACAACAAUUUAAUAUUGGGGAUGUAGUCCAAGUUCGCACAUAUACAAAUAAGGCGUGCAAGUGGAAAUUUGGUGUUAUUUGGACGAGGAGAGGAAGUCUCCACUACGAAGUUAUGAUAGAUGGUGAGAAGUAUAUCCGACAUAUUGACCAAAUACGCCGAACUAAUUGCAAGCCUACCAAUGAUAAACCAAUUUUCGAUGAUGAAACAGAACAAAUUGACACCACAUGGCAUGAUUCACCAGACAUACGACCCGACAUUAUACCUAUACAGCCCGCGACAAACUUACCAGACCUACCAAGUGCUCAAGACAAACACCAACCUGCUCAGUUUGACAAGCCUACUAUACCCUGUGAGGAAAUCAUUUGCCCAAGCGAGAAUGAAUCAACACAAGCAGACCCUGUCGUCUUGGACUCUAGUGCAUCACCACGUAGCCCGAAGGUUGAGUUACGACGCUCCACACGAAGUAAGAAAGCACCAGAAAGAUUGCAGUAUACAAGUUUUUCUUAG